AUGAGCGGCGACCUACUGCCGCCGUCUGAUAUAGAGCUGGGCGAACGGCGCGACCCCAUAUCCCUCGAGCCAAUCACCAGCCCGCCUUCCAUCCGCCGGACCGCGUCGAUAGGCACCAGCAGCGGUAGGGACUUCUGCUUAUCGCUGCCGCAGAUCCCUCCUCCCGUCACUCCGCGACCCGACUUAAUAGCACCUCCAGAGGAAGCCGAUUCAGACAUGGGAAUUACCAUAAUCUGUCCACCCAGGAACGGGCUUCUAUUAAGCCCUACUGACGAAAGCGAAAAAUCGGGCGAAACUGGCGAAGCCGGCGCGUCCAGCAGCAGACGUGGCGCAUCAGGCCGUUUGGGCACGUCCGGAGCUGGCCCGGCGGUUCGGAAAGGCUCGCCGAGCCUGAGCCGCGCCAGGCUCGGGUUGGGGGAAAUCCGGCUGGACCUGGGCGCGUUGCGCGCGCGCACGGAGCGGGAUUUCAACGCGGAGGCGAUGGAGGUGCGCGCGCGCAAGGAGAAGUUCGCCUUCUUCGAGAAGGACUGCAGCCGCGUGCUGGAGCACGUGUUCGUCGGGAGCGAUUACGUGGCAAGAAGCCGCAAGAUCCUGCGCGAGGCGGGUGUGACGCACGUGCUCAACUGCGUGGGAUUCGUGUGCCCGGAGUACUUCCCCGGGGAUAUCGUGUACAAGACGCUCUGGCUGCAGGUGAGAGAAAGGGGCGGGGAAGAGGGGAGAGGGAAGGGAGGGAGUGGGGGGAAGGUGAGGGGGAGUGGUACGCAGGUUGGUGGAAGUGAGGUGGAGAUGAGUGAGGGAGGCGACGCUCUCAUCCCGUUGCACUCGUUUCUCCCGUUCCUUUCCCCUUCACCUCAGGACAACACGGCGGUGGACGUAACAUGCGUGCUGUGCUCGGAGGACAUCACAUGUGUGCUGUACGGCGUGUUUGACUACAUGGAGGGCGUGCGGGAGGGCGGACAACACGGCGGAGGACAUCACAUGUGUGCUGUACGACGUGUUGGAGGCAACGUCUCCUCAUCCUCGCACCCGUCUCUUUCUCUCGCCAUCGGCCUCGGCCCCCCCACUCGCCUCCCCCUCCCUCCCUCCCUCCCUCCCUCCCUCCCUCCACCACCCGUUCUUCCUCCCCCACAGGACAACACAGCAGAGGACAUCACGUGUGUGCUGUAUGACGUGUUUGAUUACAUGGAGGGUGUGAGAGAAGGCGGAGGGCGCGUGCUCGUGCACUGCUGCCAGGGCGUCUCGCGCUCCACGUCGCUUGUUAUCGCCUACCUCAUGUGGACACAGCGCCUGGAGUUUGAGGAGGCGUUCAGGCGGGUGAAGGCGGUGAGGGGCGUGGCGAGUCCCAACAUGGGCUUCGCAUGUCAGCUGCUGCAGUGGCAGAAACGAAUUCUGCCACCCAAAUCAGCAGCCCCCGCGGCAGCAGCAACAGCAGCAGCAGCAGCAGCAGGCCCCCCAGCACCAGUUGAUCCGCCAACAGUAUCCGCAGCAGCAGCGCCGGCAGCGUCUGAAGUGGCGGGCGGCGUGGUUCGGCAGCACAUGUAUCGCAUGGCGCCGCACUCCCCCUACGACGCGCUCCAUCUGGUCCCAAAAACCGUCCCUUUCUCGCGCAACUCACUGGACCCGCGCGGGUGCUUUCUGGUGCAGGUGGGAUCUGCUGUGUUCUGCUGGGAAGGCAAGCAGUGCCACUCCCUCAUGGCCCAACAGGGGUUGGCUACCGCCAGGCAGAUUAUCAAGUAUGAGAGUCUGGGCGGGGAGCCGGUUAUGGUGACGGACGGGCAGGAGCCGGAAAGUUUUUUGGCUGCCCUUGGGGAUGGGGGUGGAGGACGGGAGGGGAGGGUGGGUGGGGGGAGUGGGGCAGGGGCUGAUGCUGAGUUGAUGAAAGUGGUGGCUCGGCAGGGGUUGACGUACCUCGGGCAGGACGCAAAACUUUUAGAUGGUGCCCAGCAGAGUUGUGGAUGUGAGGUGUCUGAAGGGGUUGUAGCAGCUGCUGCGCCUGAAUCAGCAACGAGUGGCAGUGCAUCUAGUGCGCCAGACGCAGCAGUAGCAGCACAUGAAAUAGCACCGGCAGCAGCAACACCAGCAUCAGCAGCAGCAGCACCAGCAUCAGCAACACCAGCAGCAGCAGCAGCAGUGCCAACAGCAGCGUCCUCAGCAGCUCAGUCAUCUCCAUUAGCAACAAUUUUAUCUGAUUCUCCGCUCUCACCCUCCGCACUCUCCUCCACCUCCCAGUCUACAACCCCAUCUCAGCCCAAGCCAACAACCCCGUGUAAACCCAAAACGCCAACCCCUUCCCCACCCAAACCAAGCACAUCACCCACACCUGCGAGCCCUCUUCUUCCCUCGCUGCCUCACGCUGCCUCUGCCCCAAACGCCCCUCACACCCCCACCUCUCCCGAACCUCCCAACCUCUCUUCUCAGCUCACGCCCCCCAACCAGGCCUCCACAUCUGCCGGGCCUAGCCAGAAGUCCACAUCUCCGGGAUUCUCUGCCUACCGAACCUCGUCCUCGCUCUUGGGCUCGACCUCGCUCUUUGGUGCGGUGGACAGGUUCGCGCAGAAGCUUCGGCGCCGAAGCUGGGACCGCAAGGAGGCAGAGCAGCUUAGGAAGAUGGCUGCAGCGGCGGAAAAAGAAGUAUCGGGAAAGAAAGAGAAGGGGAAGGAGGGGAAGGGGCGUAAGAGUGAGCGCCCUUCAGAAGGGAAGGAAACAGCAGCAGGAGACGCAGAGGGAUCAGGGGGAGGAACGGGUAGGAGCAGGAACGCAGAGGGGGGUGCGAGGAGGAGUGAGAGCCUCUCAGAGGAGCAGCUAGAGGCGCUUGCAGGGCAGCUGCGGUGCGGAGGUCUGCUAGAUCCCUCUGAUAUCCGCCUGCGCCGCCCCUUCCUGCGCGGACUGGGGCGCACUGGGGGAGGCGCGGACUGGGGCAGGCGGAAACUGGCCCAGGUGGAGGCGGGGAGGGAGGAGGAGGACGGGUGUGGGGCAGGUGAGGCGGUGGAGGAGGGGGAAGGGAGGGUGGGAGGGGAGGGGGAGGAAGGGAGUGUGGAGGAGGAGAGGGAGAGAGAGGAGGGGAGGGUGGUAGGGGAGGAGGCGGUGGGGGAAGAGGAGGGGCGGGCGGAGAGGGGGAGGGGGCGGGAGCGGAGGAGGAAGGGCGAGGGGAGGGGCAUGCGUGGCCUAUCGCCCAUGCGACUGCUGGCGAAGCUGUCAGGCGCUGCAGGAGGGGAGAAGGAGCAGAAGGGGGCGGGAGAGGGCGGAGGGGACGCGACUUCCAGUGGCAGUGCAAGUGGCAGUGCGAGCAGCAAUGCAGUGACGUGUCUGCGCCUGACUGCUGUGUCAUCGCCAGUAGUGCCUGGCCGGACGGGCGGGGCCACUGUGCCUCCCCUUGCUGGAAUGAAUGGCCCUCCAACCACCUCUGCUGCCCAUGCUGCUGCAGCAGAUGCAACAGCUGAGCCACCUGCUGCAGCAACCACAUCACCUGAUAAAGCACCUGAAGCGCCAUCCGGGCCAGCACCCAGUGCGCCUGCAGCCACACCUGUUCCCAUCCAAACCCCAAACCGAAACCUUGUGCUAAACUCACCCGCCCCUGCCCCCUCUGCAUCCUCCUCCUCCUGCUUUACUGCUCUUCCCCGCCCUCAAUACGACACUGACUUUGAUUACUUUGAAAGGGCUCUCACGGGCGGCACGCCCCGUCCUGUAGCGGGCUUCGUCUCCCCCUCGGCCAGGCCGAACGUGCUUCCACACAAGGGCCGCGGGUGGCUCUCUAACGAACCCACCUGGAAUGACAACCCCUCAGGUUCGGCAGCUGGUUCGGGUGUAGGCUCGGUAGGAGGGAAUGCAUUUGGUUCCAAGGAAUGGCCGAGCUGGAUUCCGAAGAACAGGUUCGGGGCGCUAGGCUUGGCAGGAGGUCCGGGGCUGCCGUCUCCGUCGUCGUUCUCCCCCCGUUCGCUCGCGUUCUUCCCCCCUGGCGGCAUGGGCAUAUACGGGCAGGAGCUGAUGCGGUCUGUGCCCAAAGCACAGCAGGAGGGGGUAGGGCAUGGAGGGGGGCAGGGAGUGGGACACGGGACAGAGUCAGCCGCCCCUCUUCCCUCAGCAGCACAGGGUGUGGGUUCUGAAGGGCGUGGGAGUGUGGAAAGUGGGGGAGUGGGGUUCACCCCCAGGGGGGCGGGUCGCUAUGGGGGGUUCUCCUCUCAGGGAGAGCUGCUUACUCCCCCUCGUGGCGCCAGCGGGUCAGGCGGCGGGCGGGAGGAGGAUCCGUUUUCGACGCAGACGAAGAAGGACUCAGAGGCGGUGUUUGAGAACCACCAGAACACGGGCAUUAACUUCGACGCGUACGAGGAUAUCCCCGUCGAAACCAGCGGCGACAAUGUCCCCCCCGCCAUCACUGCUUUCGACGGAUCGGGGCUCCAGCCCGCGGUGAUGGAGAAUGUGAAGCGCUGCAACUACUCCAACCCCACGCCAGUGCAGCGGCACGCCAUCCCCAUCUCGCUCGCGGGGCGCGACCUGAUGGCGUGCGCGCAGACGGGGUCCGGCAAGACGGCCGCGUUCUGCCUGCCCAUCAUCUCCGGCAUCCUCGCCGCCGGGCCGCCGCCCGACCGCCCCCGCUUCGGCCGCAAAGCGUUCCCGCUCGCGCUGAUUCUGUCGCCCACGCGCGAGCUCACGAGCCAGAUCCACGCGGAGGCCUGCAAGUUUGCUUACAAGACUGGCCUGCGCGCAGUCGUCGUUUAUGGCGGUGCCCCUGCCGGCCAGCAGAUGCGGGAGCUGGAGAGGGGAGUUGAGAUCCUUGUCGCCACGCCUGGAAGGCUGUGCGACAUGCUGGAGCGAGGAAAGGUAUCCCUCACCAUGGUGCGCUACCUUGCUCUCGACGAGGCGGAUCGCAUGCUGGACAUGGGCUUUGAGCCGCAGAUCCGGCGCAUCGUGGAGCAGGAAGGCAUGCCGCGCGCGGGCGAGCGCCAGACGCUCAUGUUCUCGGCCACGUUCCCCAAGGAGAUCCAGCGCCUGGCCGCCGACUUCCUGGCCAACUACGUGUUCCUCACGGUGGGGCGCGUGGGGUCGUCCACGGAUCUCAUUCAGCAGCGCGUGGAGUAUGUGCCCGAGCAUGACAAGCGGUCGGUGCUCAUGGAUCUAAUCCACGCGCACCACACCUCCAACGGCGCUACUGGCAACGCGGGCGGGCUCACACUGGUGUUUGUGGAGACCAAGAAGGGAGCGGACUCGCUGGAGGACUGGCUGUGCCGCAACGGCUUCCCCGCCACGUCCAUCCACGGCGACCGCUCGCAGCAGGAGCGCGAGUCGGCUCUGCGCUCCUUCCGCUCCGGCCGCACGCCCAUCCUCGUCGCCACCGACGUGGCGGCGCGCGGCCUCGACAUCCCGCACGUGAGCCACGUCAUCAACUACGACCUGCCCUCCGACAUCGAUGACUACGUGCAUCGCAUCGGGCGUACCGGGCGCGCGGGGAAGACUGGUUUAGCCACGGCGUUUUUCUGUGACAAGGAUACGAACCUGGCGCGGUCGCUGAUAGAGUUGAUGAGUGAGGCGAAUCAGGAGGUGCCCGGGUGGUUGCAGAACUUCGCGUCGCGGUCGGGGUAUGGUGGUGGUGGGAAGGGCAGACGAGGCGGCGGUGGAAACCGGUUCGGAGGGAGGGAUUUCAGGAAGGAGCGCGGGGGAGGGGGAGGGGGGUAUGGCGGGGGUGGGUAUGGCGGUGGGGGGUAUGGCGGCGGGGGAGGGUAUGGGGGCGGGUAUGGGGGAGGAGUGGGGUACGGUGGUGGUGGUUAUGGCGGCGGUGGUGGCGGGUACAGCAACGCUCCUCCAAGCGCCUGGGAUUAG